GUCCCGCCAUGGAGCUGCCUGCCCCGCAGCCCCGCCGAGUUCGGGGCCGCGCCCUACUGGGACCGCUUCUUCCGACACCGCGGGCAGCGAGCCUUCGAGUGGUACGGGGCCUUCCCGGAGCUCUGCCCCGUCCUGCACAAGUACGUGCGGCCCCGCGACAAGGUGCUCGUGGUGGGCUGUGGGAACUCGGAGCUGAGCGAGCAGAUGUACGAUGUGGGAAUGUGCGAGGACAUCGUGAACAUCGACAUCAGUGACGCCGUGAUCUGCCAGAUGCGGGAGCGGAGCGGGAGCAGGAGGCCAAAGAUGAGCUACCUGCUCAUGGACGUGCUUCAGAUGGACUUCCCUGACGCCCACUUCCAGGUGGUCCUGGACAAAGGCACGCUGGAUGCCCUCCUUACUGAUGAAGAGGAGGCCACUCUGGCCAAGGUUGACCAGAUGUUUGCUGAGAUCAGCCGGGUCCUGCAGGUGGGAGGGCGCUACCUCUGCGUGUCCUUGGCCCAAGCCCACGUGCUGACGAAAGCGGUGCAAUACUUCUCCCAGGAGGGCUGGGUCGUGCGCGUCCAUCAGGUGGCCGGCAGCGGGGACAACCAGCAGUUCGUCCUGCCGGUCUUUGUCUAUGUCAUGACAAAGUUCAGGAAGAUCCCUGGCUCAGCACCACAGAUCCUGGAGAUCUGCCCCGAGGAGCAGGACAAGCCGAUGCGGGUGGAGAGCGUGGAGCGGCUGGUGGCAGCGGUGAGGGACAGGCAGCAUUACGCCCUGCUCUGCAGCCAGCUGAGCAAAACCCCCUGCAGGGAACAGGUUUCCCUGGAUCUGUGUGACAAGGAGAGCGGGAAGCCUCGCUACACACUGCAUGUGGUUGACAGCCCCUCGGUGAAACUUUCCCGGGAAAAUCGCUUUGCCAUCUUCAUCAUUCCACAGGGCAGAGAAACCGAGUGGCUCUUUGGCACGGAGGAGGGGCGGAGGCAGCUGGCCACCAGUGCGGGCUUUGGGCGCCUGGUCACCGUGGCUCUUCACAGGGAGCAGCACUACGAGGGCAUGGCUGGCAUCCAGGCCGAGCUGUCAGGGAAGGUGAUGGAGCUGGCCCCGCCGGGCCUCCCUGCCCGGCAGCAGGUGCCCUUCCUGUCCGUGGGAGGGGACAUCGGGGUGCGGGCGGUGCGGCAUUGCGACACCAGCCCCCUGAGCGGGGAGUACGUGGUGGAGGACGUGAAGGGAGACGGCACCUGCUACUUCCGCCGCCUCAUCUUCCUCCGCAACAGGAACGUGGUGCAGUCGGAGGCCCGGCUCCUGGCUCCCACUCCUCUCUCAGGCCAGAAGAAACGGAGGAAAGACAAGAAGAAACCCAGCCCCGCUGAGCCACCUGCAGCCAUUGACAAGAGCUACCUGUGCUGUGAGCACCACAAGGCCAUGGUCGCAGGGCUCUGCCUGCUGGGGGGCCCCAACCCCCUCCCAGGAGCCUCGCUGGCAGUGCUGGUGGUGGGGCUUGGCGGUGGCAGCCUGCCCCUCUUCAUCCACGACUACUUCUCACAGGCCCAUGUGGCCGUGGUGGAGAUUGACCCCUCCAUGCUGGAGGUGGCCACGCGCUGGUUCGGCUUCUCCCAGGGCGACCGGAUGCAAGUGCACAUCUCCGAUGGCCUGGACUACGUGGCCAAGCUGGCGGCUGAAGCCCCAGCCCAGUAUGAUGCCAUCAUGUUCGAUGUGGACAGCAAAGACCUCACGGUGGGGAUGAGCUGCCCACCCCCAGCCUUUGUGGAAAAGCCCUUCCUGCAGAAAGUUAAAACCAUCCUCAAGCCAGAAGGAAUCUUUGUGCUCAACCUGGUGUGCCGUGAUGCCCAGCUGAAGGAGUCUGUCCUGGCCACCCUCAGGGAUGUCUUCCCGCUGCUCUACACACGUCGCAUCGAAGGGGAGGUCAACGAGAUCCUGUUUUGCCAGCCCAGUCCCCAGGGCCGGCGGGACCCUGCAGAGCUGGGGGCGCGUGCCCGGGCGCUGGAAGGGGCCCUGCGGGAGCCGGGGCGCCCCUGGGACAGCUCGUACGUGCUGGCAGACAUGCUGCAGGCUGUCAGGAUCCUCUGACAGGGGCUCCUCAGGACGGGCUGAGAUGCUGCUCAAGAGAGUGCUCCCUGUGUGCGUGCCUUGGUCCCGUGGCUGGGACUGCCACCCUUGGGGACAUGUGCUGGCCUGGGUCUGCCUGAGGGAUGGAACCGGCCUGGGAAGGUGCUUCCUGCAGUGGCUCCCCAGGAAGGGGUCCAGGACUGAGGAGGGCUGUGCAGCCCAAGGGCCAGCGUUGAGCUGGUGAGGAGAGGAAGGUGCUGUGGGACUGACAGGACUGGGGGUUUGGGUCUGUCCCCCAUUGUUUCCCCACUGUGGGAAAAACAUCCCUCCGACCAUCUCCUUCCCCUCCAUCACAACACCUUCCCUCUGAUGCUGCCUCUCUCUGCAUCUCUGUGGAGCCCCAGCCCUGCCCCAAGCCUGCUUGUGUGUGUGUGUGGGUGGGCUGUGAGAAUAAAGUGCUCAGGGCUCCUCUGAGGCCUGCAGUGCUUUACUAGGGCUAAUUUCUGAAGCACCCACACCAUGGAAAAGGUACAGUCACCUCUGCACCUCAAGGACAUGUCCUGGGGACAGGCAGCUGCCCCUUAAGCACCAUUGUUCCCUUUCCACUUGCCCUCUCCAAACUGGACCCCGCUAUGUUUUCACUCUUCUGCAUCUCUCCAGUUAUCACCACUGAACUCAGACCUGUAACACCCUGAGCCCCCAAACUUUCCCUCCCCUGGGCCAGCAGGGACCAGCCCUGGGCUUGGGCCCCUGGCCACUCCAACCUGCUCACCGAGCUGGUGCGGGUCAGCCUUCCUGCAGGAUGAAAAGGCAGCAGGAAAAUACCCAUUGGAGUGUUCUCACAGCACCCCAUUCCAGCCCAGACACCUCAUUUUGUCUCUCCCGAGGGUUUCAGAGCCUGGUUUCUCCCUGGGAAGUUUUAAGUUGAAGACCUGACCUGUGUGUCCUGGCUGGUUACAGAGCAGGAGACCCGCUGGUGUUCACACAUUCAUCAGAAGCUAUUUUUGGGGGGCUUGUCUUUUUCCCCUGCAACAACUGGUACCAAAAUAAGUCUGAGGCAUGGUACCAUGGACCAGCUUGCAGACAGCAAGUUGAAAACCUACUCAGGCACUGUGAUGCUUUGCCACUGAUCCUGCACCCUCACUCCAUGCUCCCUUCUGCCACUGCCAGCCUGAGCCAGGACAUCUUUCUGGCAGCAGCUUCCCAAAGCACACUCCACGACCUUUCCACAGCCCAGGGAGGUAACAACACGCCAGAAGUAGCUCAGGAAGGGAUCUCACCUAGCCCUUAGCAUGGAGGCAACAGCAGCUGUGUCUUGGAGCCAUCUCCCACCUUUGCAGCCCAUGCACCCUGUCCCACGGGGGUGCGGGGCGAUGUCAUGCCCCUCAUCAGCCUCUCCUUCAGAAGGACCCAGCUCUCCUCCGUCUGGGAAAUCCUCCUUCACUUAGAAAGCAAAGUGAGGGGGUGCAUUAGCCUGAGUGUUUGCAGUUCACCAGCUCCACGGGGCCAUGGAAGGACAUCCCAAGGGCUCUCACCCCAGUGAGGACCCUGAACCAGUGGGGACCGUGGCCACUCCACUGAUGCAGGAGAUGGGGCUGUUAAUGCCCAGGAGACCCCAUGUCAGCUGUGCUGACAGUGAGCAUGUCCCCCUGACAGGCCCCUCUGUGCCUGUAUUUUAAUUUUAAUUUGCCAGCAGGUUCUACUUCAGGAACCACUCUUCAGAUCCCUUCUCCCAUGCCACCUGCUUUACUCCCCUUCACACAGAGGGACAAAUCUCUGCCCUACUUCCUCCCUGGGCUGGCCUGCUUCUCUGCAGAGGGAGCAGAUGCUUUUUUUACUAAGUGCUUUUGAUGGUUCCCAGGCACAGGAGAGCAGGGCUGGCCUGCUCCCUGCCUCAGAUAAAGGCUGCCACCAUGGGUAGGUGCCCUCUGUUGCUCCCCAGUGUGUUCUCCUCCUCCUGUAGUGUGUUUGGGGCAGCUCACGGGCAAUGGGAGAGACAAGGCUGGAGCUUGAGCUGGGUGCAAGUCUGCCUGCCCCCAUGCGCUUAGUUUGAAAAGCUUCUCUGUGAUGAGCACUGCUUUGAAAGAUAAAUAUUAUACACCCAGCUUAGCAAUGGCAAAUUUCUCAACUGGAGCAGCAGUGCUGCGUUUAGGCUAUUUUUAACUUAGUGUGCAAUUCUCAACAUAAUUCCAACGACAUAGGUUUGUGUGUGUGCCCUUUAUUUCACCAAAACCAUCUCCUUUCUUCCCCAGGAGCUCAUACAAAGGCUGCCUUCAUCCCUCCCUUGUCCAGUCCUGCCUUUCUGUUGUGCUUCCCAAAUGCUGCGUAACGCCACAUCCUGGUGGAAAAACAAAAGCCAUCUAUUAGAAACAAUGUAAGGAUGAAAUCUCAGCUCGUUGCAGCUGUCCUUGCAGCUACAACUUUGGUCUGGAAAUAAAUUUCAGCUGGAAAACUGGCAAAUUCAUGAGUGCUGCAAAUACACGAAAUCCUCCUCUGCAGGUAAAACCCUCCAAGGCUGGAAAAUUGACACGUAGUAAAUAUUUCUCUGCUGGCAGCCAAAACGUGCAGCAAACAUAUAUGUUUGGCAACUGUGUGUUCUGUUGAGUGUUUUGGCAACAUACUCAUGUUUGCAUCCCUUACUCCUCACUCGCUUCCUUUGCAGCGUAGGCACGCUGUAAGUGGCGGGAUAGAAACAAGCUCUGCUGUCACUUAGCAACCUCCACUG